AUGAUGCUUCGACUUUCACUCGCACUACUUGGAAUCUGCUUGGCAGGUGCAUUUGUGCCACCAGUUGAGAAGUUUCAACCUGGGUAUGAGUUUGUGUACCAGUACAGUGGGCAGGUGCUCUCUGGGGUACCACUGAGCCUCAGCCAACAGUACUCUGGCCUAAAGAUCAAAUGCCAUGUGAGGUUGCAGCUUGUAGAGAGAACCGAGGCAAUCCUUCAACUGAAUGACAUUCAGCUCUUGACAGUGAAUGCCAGGCUUCCAUUUGAGAGUGUCCCAAGAAUACAGCUUCCAGAUGAUCUCUGCACACCAUUAGAAGGAGCUGAGGCCCAAUUGAUGAGGACAGAACUUGCUAAAGAAAUCAGAUUCAGCUAUGCCGAUGGUCUCGUCAGUCAUCUUGAAAGUGCAACAGAUGACCCCUAUUGGUCCGUCAACAUCAAGAGGGGAGUCCUCAACAUGUUCCAGAUUAAUCUCAACCAAUACAACGAGGUUGUCAUCACCCCAAGAUCUGCAAUUCACAGCCCUGACCAAAAGAUCACCAAGGGAGAUGAGGUGAAAGAAUUCUACCGUGUUAUGGAGCAUGGUCUCUCUGGUGAAUGUGAAUCUCUCUACACAGUACUUCCUCUUCCCUUAAACCAGAUGGUACGUGCCUCCGCCUCAAAUAUGCCUCGAAUUUUUGUCAGCAAAGUGAGAAACUUGAACAAAUGCAUUGGGCCAUCACAGAACUUCACGUUUUCCCUCUACAGUGGUACCAAAUGCGUUGGAUGUCCUUUACAUGAGAAAGAUGCAAUACAAUCUGCUGUACAGGUCAAAUAUGAGAUUGUUGGAACAAGGAAGGAGUUUUUGAUCAUGUCUGCAAUUGGAGAGUCUGAGUACAGCUAUGCUCCUUAUGCUCCUCAGUCUGGAGAAGCCAUCACUAUUGUCAACCAAACCCUCAUCCUGACUGAUGCCAAAAAGACAAAAGAAGUCACCCCACUGACCAUGCCACCUAAGACAAAGCAGCAUCAACACACAUUGAAAAUGAGCAUGCCCAUCAAGAAGACCUUGGAGACAAAACCAGCAAAGAACUUGCCAAAGAGUGAGGUUGCCGAAAAGAUUCAGGAGAUUGAGCAGAUAUUGAAGCUGGUAGUGAUGAACAUGAGACAAGGGUUGACCAAGGAAGCCCCAUUGCUGUCCAUUUGCCUGGUGAAGGUCCUACGUUCUGCUCCCUACCAAGUCCUUGUUGAACUCUACAGCAAAUAUGACAUCAAACUGAAGAUUGCACUUAGUGAGGAGCAGAAACUUGCGAGAGAUGCUCUAUUUGAUGCCCUGGCUAUGGUUGGCACUGAACCAAGCAUUGAGUUGAUUGUAAAUUAUGUGAAGUCUCAGAGCUUCCCUGAGGAGAGGAUCCCGUUGUUCUUUAAUAUGUUGGCCCUUUCUACCAUCCCAACCCCAGAUAUUAUUGACAGACUGUUGGAGCUGAGUUUUGAGAAAGUUCUAUCUGCCCCACGUUUGGUCCAGGCUAAGCGCUCUCUACUCCUCACCUGUGGUGCCCUCAUCCACAAACUGUUCUCCUACCCAGAGUACAACAUAUAUUUCAACCCAAACCUACCUAAGUCUCAGAUUAACUUCAUCAACAAACUGAGAACCAAAUAUGUCAGGACUGUAAUGAAAGUGUACAAGAAGAUGGAUAUUGAAGAGAAGAUUCUGGCGCUGAAGGUUGUUGGUAACACUGGUCUAACUGAGUUUAUCCCCUUCCUUCGUGAAGUUAUCACAAGUGAAGUGAAAAGACCCGUACUUGUCCUCCAAGCUAUUUAUGCCAUGAGACGUAUGGCACAAGUGGCUCCACAUCAGGUCCAACAAAUCCUCAUGCCAAUAGUUCAGAGGCAGAGUUACCCCCAUGACUUGAGAAUUGCUGCCUAUGUGGUCAUAUUGGAUACCAGGCCAAGCUUCCAAGUGAUUCAGAGCAUUGUGCUGAGUGUCAACCGGGAGAGGAAUUUGCAAGUGAAGUCCUAUAUUUACUCUUCAUUGAAGGCAUUCUCCAUUUCAAGAAGCCAUUACCUCAGACCACUAGCAAUGAGGAUGAGGCACGCACUAAGACUCAUGAAGCCAUUCCAGCCUAGCAUACAAUACAGCAAGAAUGUCCAUCUGGAUUACUUCAAUGACUACCACAAAGUAGGUGGAGCUGUAGAGCUUUCCAUAAUUGGCCAGAGACAAUCACUUAUUCCUCGCACAGGAGCUCUCAAAUUGAAUGCUGAUAUUCUAGGAUAUACUUCAAACGUAUUUGAGGCUGGUUUUGAGACUGAGGGUCUACAAACACUCACUGAUAAACUAUUUAAACCUGCAAAGAGACCCAGCUCCUCCAUCCACAGACACCUGAAGGAUAUCAAUGAAAAGUUGCACGUUGUUGAGAUGAAGCCAGAAGAAUUCAAGGCAUCUGUGUAUUUGAAACUUUUUGGUCAGGAACUCAGAUUCUUCACAUUUGACAAGACAACAGUCAACAAACUCAUUGACACUUUCCCCAACUGGAGGAAAAUGGAGAGCAGCUUAGAAGAAGGCUAUCCAUUGGAACUGAGGAAGAAUCUGUUGUUGGGUGACAACACUCUACAAUACCCAACCCCAAUUGGUCUUCCACUGUGUCUUAAUAUUUCAAUUGCUGCCACUGUGAAAACCAAUGGUGUAAUGAGGAUGAGUCUCGACCCAAUGAACAAGCUGCCCAAGAUCCCUGACUAUGCAACAGCUGAUAUCAAAGGACAUGGAAGUGUUGCAGUUGCCUUGAUUGCCUCAAUGGGUGUCGAUGCUGUCUUCCUGCAAACAGGCGUAACGUCUCAAAUCCAACUGGUCCAUAACCAACCAAUCAACAUGAGUGUUACCCUUAACACCGUAACCCAGAAAUUUACCACCUCUAUUGAACCACCAACACAGACACAAAAGUUGACAGAAAUCCACGUGAAACCUGCUACAUUUAUCCGUCAUCUUCCUGUUCAAGUGAGCCAGCCAAUUAGUUGCCAACAAUUGGAAAUCAUCCAAGUACACCAACCAGCAAGGCAGUCGCAAUCAAGCACGUUUGAAUAUGAGCUUCCAUUGGAGCUAUUUGGAAUGAAGAUGAGAGCAGUCUGUUCUGCAGCCCCCUCAGUCUACUCCAUGGUCCCCAUGAAUUUAUUGAGCACUCCACAACAGAUCGUCCUUACGGCUGAACCAACAUCUCAUCAACAUAACAUUGUGGAACUUAAUGCUCAGUAUGGUAGUGCGGUGAUUCAGGACCCCAUACUGUCCUCAGAACCAGUAUCUGCUGAAGAUAGUGAAUUUGUACCAGUUGAUCAGCAAUCUAGCCAAAUGUCUGAGGCAUCAGAGGAGAUUGUAGAGGAGGAAGGAAGUAUUUGGAGCCCCCUGACCUGGUUGAACCAAAAGACAUCAUACAGUACCACCCCAAGGCCCUCAAUUAGACAAACAACACCAAUGACCAUAAGACGUGAUGAAUUACCACUGUUCCACCAAAGAAAUGCCAAUGUGGUUAAGGUUAAGAAAUUGACUGUUAGCCUGAACCUGAUAACUCCUUCAGAAAGGAUCACAACAUUGGAGAAACACUAUGUAUUACAGUAUACACCCAAUUGCUUGAAAUACCAACUGAACGUUGACUACCUAUACUCGCCAAUUAGCACUGAGAAUACACCUCUUCACUUUAACCUUCUUGCAACACUCAAUUUACCACAAACACAGACUCUGCAAGAGGAACUGCCCAUAGAAUCCCAGAGGUACCAAGCUGCAGCUAAAUUGAGAUGGGGAGAGCCAGAAUUAGAACAGGAAAAACAACUUAUUGUGAAGGUGAUUGGACAAAAGAGUGACUACCAAAAGGAUCUUGAGUUACGCCUACCUGAAGUGAGCCCAAGUGAGUUCCCAGAGUACUUAAGAUGUCUAGAAGACAAGAGAAUCAACCUUCCACAAAGCCCCCGCUGCCUGGCCUUCCUAGAUAAGCUGAAUGAGUUGCACAGGACCACUAUUGAAGUUCAGUAUCAGUCUGUCCCACAAUGGUUGAGAAGGAUGAGCCACAGGUUAUUGGCUGCCAGCAAGUACAUGUUCUAUUGGGACUUGACAACAAAGGAUACUGAUAUCCAAAACCCACCACAGAAGAUCACUUUGGAUGUUAUCAUGAGGAGGAACAACACAGUGAUUGAUGCUUUUCUGAGAUCACCCCUUGAGACUAACACUGUAAGGAACAUCAGCCUACCUUUUCCCAUCCAGCCAAUUUCCCUAGGCCUACCAAUGUACAGACGCUACCUGCAAUAUCUUACCAGCAAAAGAAUUCCAGCUGUUUGCAUGCUAACCAACACUCUACUGAGAAGUUUUAACAACAAAGUAAUGCUAAUGUCAAGUCCCCCUCAGUCUGAGAUCAUCAUGGCCAUGGAUGUCACACCUAGUCGACUAUUUGCUAUCUCUACUAUUCCAUCACCUGAGAUGCCACAAAUGAGGGUGGUGAAAAUUAUUACAAACUCCAGGGAAAUUGAGAUCAUCCCCACUACAGAGAUCCCAAUUGUGAAAGUGAACAAUGAACAAGUUAAUGUACCAACAUAUGAAGAAUAUGUGAAUCGACUUAACCCACUUGUAACUCCAACUCCUACAGCAUAUGCACCUCUAAGCCAUCAUCACGGGAUCUCAGAACCAAUGGAGCAGCCCCUGGUGGAAAUUUACAGGUAUGGAAGUCAGGUCUAUAUUACAGUACCAGAGAUCGCCGUAACAGUGAUCUCCGAUGGUUUGACAAUCCAAAUACAAGCUUCACCAUUGUUAUAUGGAAAAUUAAAUGGAAUCUGUGGACUUCUAAAUGGAAAUCCAGAAGAUCUCUUAAUGAGCCCCAACCAGGCAGCCCUGAAGUCAGAAUCUGAUUGGCUGAAUAGCUGGAGUCUGUCACACUCUGCACAUGUUCAUACACCUAUUCUUAUGAGGGACAACGAACCACGAUCAGUUGAAAAUAGUUGGGAGGCUGUUGAAAGCCAAGAAGAAAUCUGCGAGCCAGUCUACGACACCUUAGAGAUUGAGCGUUCAGUUAGAGGCAGGAGAGAACUAUGUGUCAGUCUUGAACCAGUACAACAAUGUGAGAGCCACUGCAAACCAGUGAACGUCGUAAGCAGGAAGAUUAGAUUCAGCUGUACACCAGUCAACAAGAGUCAGUCCUCGAAGAGAUUCAGCAAAUCCAUCAAAAUUCCCCGCAUGUGUGAGCAGAUAUAAGGACAAUGCCGAAAUAAUGACAAUGCAAAAAUAAGGACAAUGCAGAUAUAAGGAAUGCGAAUAAACAGAGCAAUGCACCAAAAAUUCAGAACCUAUACUUCAGUUUCAUUUCUUCCAUAUCUUACUCAUAUAUGCUUUUUAUAAAUAUCAGAUCACUGAAAAUGAAGACGAAUCAAAAUGUAGUAGUCCUAUUGGGGAUGCUUUGUCGGAAGGAACCUCGACUGACAUUACAUGACAUGUGUGUAUAAUCACAAAGCAAUGUUCUGAUGCUAAUAGAGGUGAUUUUGCUGUUCUUAUUAUGGGUUUUCUGAAUUCAUCACAUGAUUUAUGUCAUUGCUUUUUUACUUGAGAUGUACUUGUGCUUAAAUUUAAUAAAUAUGUAAAAUGUAAAA